AACACCUCCAAACGCUCUUGCUCCUGAUAUCCACCUACCGAUCCUUCCUUGCGAUCUCACUCCCAAAUUACUGCUCUAUCCGACGAAACGAUUGCGUAGACCGAAGGAACUCGUCCAGCUCACAGUCAAAAUGGAUCUUUCUAAUAUCUUUCGACUUGUCAACAUCGCCGUUGGCGUGAUUAUGGUUCUGGGCGGUAUCUCCCAAUUCUUCCCUCCGUCCAUGAGCUCCAUCAUUGUUGGUGCAUAUGUGAUUAUCUUUGGUCUCCUUGUCGCUGGGCUGGAAUUCCUGCCCAACGUCCCGGAUUAUGUCUACCGCUAUGCUUCUUUCCUGUUCUCCUUCCUUGGCCGCGGUAUCUUCUAUAUCUUCGUUGGUUCGAUCCUGCUGCACGACCACGUGUUGCGCUACAUCGCUGGCUCUAUCGUCGGAUUCAUCGGCCUGGGUUACUUGGCCCUGGAGUUCAUCCCCUCGAUUGAACCCCCCUCAAACAUGCGCGAGAGCGACCAGGGCUGGGGUGCUGAGCAGGUUUAAAUGCGGCCGAUAAACGUUUGGUCCGGUGACGGGGCAGUAGCAUAGCGUACGGUUUAGAUCGGCUUACGCCGAUUGAUAUUCGCCAUGUAGCC